AUGCCGUUAAUAAACGACUUGAAUGUGGAUCAGAUGAAAGUCCCUUUGGGCUUCAUCAAGAUUCCUCAGUUGUUAUUGGCCAUCAUCGCUUUCUCGUCGAGGUCCGGAUGGGAAUUCUCUGCAAGCUUUACUUGCAAAGACAACACUUCAUAUCAGUUUACUGCAAGAUCAUUCAGGUAAAUUCCGUGCAUAUUAUUUAUUCUGUUUUUAGUAUCACUGACCAAGAUUAUGGACCGAACUUUAAAACCUGUGCGGGAGCUUCCCUUGGAUUGGUCACUUUUGAUCACAGCACGUAAGAUUACGCUGUCAGUUUUUCAAGGUUUGUAUUUAGUGCCAGCAGUUUCUUCGGCUUCGUUUCCAUGGUAUCUAUCAUAUUCGUCUUGAUCAUGCUAUUCUUGUAUUUGUUCAGAUGGGGAGCCUAUGCCGGGGAUGAGAGAAUUCCAAAAGUGGACACUGUUGUCACGAUGGCACUGGCCGUUGCUUGGUUCUUAGCAGCUUGGUCGUGGUGGUCGGCAACGCACAGUCUGGGCAAUAUAACAUCGUAGGUUUAGAUCAAGGAUUGUAUAUUUUGUGUAUUAGCCCCGAAAACUUGACAGAGCAGUUUGAGAAGAAGAAGUUCUGCGAUUUCGAUGAUAUCAAGGAUUGCAAAUUGCGCACCCAUCAAGCUACUGCUUCUUUGACUGUGUCUGUGGUGAGUUUAAUGUAAAUUAUGAUGGUGUAGCUUCGUCGGAGUAUUGGAAUGUUGUUUAUGAGUUUAGAAUUGAUCCCAGUCCCUUAUUACUUGUUUCCUCUUUCAGUUGGCUGGAUUUGCCUCUCUCAUCCUGUUUGCUUCCAAUAUUUGGUAUGCCUACAAGGAAACUGUUUGGUUCAGGGACAGAAACACCCCUGCUCCACCUCAACAAGGCCCUUGA